CCGGAGCCGAGAGCAGCCAGAGCCCGGGUCGCCCCUCCUGCCGCCUCCGACAUGCCCAACUUCGCCGGCACCUGGAAAAUGAAGAGCAGCGAGAACUUUGACGAGCUGCUGCGAGCGCUGGGUAAGAGCGGGCUGUGCUAGGACGGGGACCAGUUCUACAUCAAAACCUCCACCACAGUCCGCACCACGGAGAUCAACUUCCAAGUAGGGGAGAGCUUCCAAGAGGAGACUGUGGAUGGCCGAAAAUGCAGGAGUUUAGCCACUUGGGAGAAUGAAAACAAGAUCUAUUGCAAACAAACUCUUAUUGAGGGAGAGGGCCCUAAAACAUAUUGGACUCGGGAAUUAGUUAACGAUGAGCUGAUUUUGACUUUCGGUGCGGAUGAUGUUGUGUGCACAAGAAUUUAUGUAAGAGAAUGAAGAACACCAAUUGACUUGUCAUCUAGGAUGGAGUGGAGGAUUUGGAAGCAGCUGUUGUGAGAAAUCCUGCAUAAUUAAUAUCUGUGUGUACUGUUACUAAUUCACCAUUGUAUGUGACCAAGUGAGGCAUAUCAGAAUCCCUAUCUGCUAUUAGGUGUGUUUAGCUUUUGUUUUGCUCCUUUUGACUCUUAUGCCAUCACUUUUCUGUCUGUUUUGUGUUUUGUAGUUACAAAUUUGUAUAGUUUGACCAGUUAUUAAAAGUAUUAGGCA